AUGGCUGUCAUCGCAGCAAUUCUCUUACUAUUUGCAUCCGUCUGCGAUGUUCAACUAUUACUGGAGGUGGUCCAGAAAACAAGUGGGAACUGGCGAUAUGUGCAUAAAUGCCAUGCUAGAAGAGCAAAUUUUGGUGCUGAGAUACCGUCUUUCGGUCACCGUGAUGAAAUAAGUAGUUGUGUGGCUUUCUCUUCGCCAAGAGAUGCUUGCUGCUCAGUUCCAAGCGUUCCAAAUAAUAUAACUGGCUGCGAGGAAUUUUUCGCGCUUUCCAGUUAUGGUCGUUGUGAUCCAUCCUUGAAGGCCUAUCAAGUCCAGUCAGCCCAAUUUAGUGGCCUGAUUGUAUUUGGUGAACCUGGCGAAAAACCUGUAGUCAUGAAUGGGAAAACACUAGCAGACGCCAUCCAUAUCCCUGUUUUGAUGGUAAGCUACAGAUGUGUGAGCCGAAUCAUGGAAUCUUAUCGCCCAGAGAACGGGUACAGAAUUGAAAUACGGGCUGUAAUGUCGUGUUACGACGUCAUCAAAUACCUCGUUCCAUUUAUUGGAAUCAUUGCGUUAUGUUUUACGAUCCUUUUCGCCUCGCUGUCAUUUCGGAUGUGUCACGAACGCAUUCGUGUCUCAAAAGACCGCUUAUCGAAAUCCAAUCUGAAGAAAUUACCAACUCGGAGAUGCAAAAAAGGUGACGAAGUGGAAACUUGCGCUGUUUGUUUGGAUGAUUUCAGUGAAGGUGAUAAGGUCCGACUUCUGCCUUGCAGUCAUGCAUAUCACUGUAAGUGCAUUGAUCCAUGGUUAACAAAGAAACGUCAAGUAUGUCCGUUGUGUAAAAAGAAAGUUCUCUCAUCUGGCAACUCAGAUUCAUCAGACGCAGAAAUUGAAAGAAGCCGAAGCGUCAGUGAUGGGGGAAGUGAACGUCUGGAUGGUGCUUCGCUGCUAGACGCUGAAAACCUGUUUCUUUCUCCCGCAUGCGAUGAGUCAGGCUGUCUUGGACCGAGGACCUAUUCGAUUACUGUCGACGGAAGCAUCAGUAAACAAGGUAAUGCGAUCUACGGCUCUCCCAUGCAAUCACCAGUUACGAACUUGGGCACCAGCGGCGACGCAUGUUGUGGAGACGUUAUUACUUGGAAAAGCGCUAACGUAGCUGGAAAUGAUUAUCAUCUCCUAACUCAGGGUUUGGAAGAUGGGGAAGAACAUCACCGCAUGGACAAAGCUGUUCAAGUAUGUGGUUUAAAAGGUCCUUUGGCAUAG